UAAAGUCUUACAUCUCAACAAUAGCAGUAGUAAGCAGACUUGACUGGGUCUUGUUCAACGUUAUAAAUUAGUUCCAUUCCACCACAUUACAAUUAACAAUUAACAAUUUAACAAUUUGUAAGGGCGUCAAUUUCAUCUCAUCACAAUUCACAUCUAACAUUGGAAAACGGAGAGUUCGCUUUCCAUCAUCCUCGGCGAUGGCAGAUAUUCAGAUGGCGGCGGCGACAGGCGGUCAAUUUCCUGAGUUUCCGGCUGUUUUCUCUCAUGGAGGCCAGUUCAUACAGUACAACAUAUUUGGGAACUUGUUUGAGGUUACUGCUAAGUAUCGCCCGCCGAUCAUGCCUAUUGGUCGUGGUGCUUAUGGCAUCGUCUGUUCGGUGUUGAAUUCGGAGACGAAAGAGAUGGUUGCGUUGAAGAAGAUAGCAAAUGCAUUUGAUAAUUACAUGGAUGCUAAGCGUACUCUUCGUGAGAUCAAAAUUCUUCGCCAUUUCGAUCACGAAAAUAUCAUAGCAUUAAGAGAUGUGAUACCUCCUCCUCUACGAAGAGAAUUCACAGACGUGUAUGUUGCAACAGAGCUAAUGGACACUGAUCUUCACCAGAUAAUUAGAUCCCAUCAGAGUUUAUCAGAGGAGCAUUCUCAGUACUUCUUGUACCAGAUACUUCGUGGGCUUAAAUAUAUCCAUUCAGCAAAUGUGAUUCAUAGAGAUCUGAAGCCAAGUAAUCUAUUGAUAAACGCAAACUGUGAUCUCAAGAUUUGUGAUUUUGGUCUUGCACGCCCAACCUCAGAGAAUGAACACAUGACUGAAUAUGUUGUGACUAGAUGGUAUAGAGCACCAGAGCUUUUGCUCAAUUCAUCUGAUUACACUGCUUCAAUCGACUUGUGGUCUGUUGGCUGCAUAUUCAUGGAACUCAUGAACAGAAGGCCUUUGUUUCCUGGCAAGGACCAUGUUCACCAAAUGCGCCUCUUGACAGAGCUUCUUGGGACACCAACUGAAGCUGAUCUAGGGUUUCUUCAAAAUGAGGAUGCAAGAAGAUAUAUCCGUCAACUUCCACCACAACCUCGUCAGGAAUUAAAACAAGUUUUCCCUCACGUUAAUCCCUUAGCAAUUGAUCUUAUCGAGAAGAUGCUCACAUUUGAUCCUACACGGAGAAUUACUGUUGAAGAAGCACUAUCGCAUCCUUACCUUGCUAGAUUACAUGAUAUCGCGGAUGAACCUACAUGUCAAAAGCCAUUCUCAUUUGAUUUUGAGCAACAAGCCUUGACUGAAGAACAGAUGAAAGAUAUGAUCCAUCAAGAAGCUUCAGCACUCAACCCGGGAUAUGUAUAGCAUCUGUAACCGAGGAAUCAACUCUUCUCUUGGGUCUGCUUGUUAACAGCAGCAGCAUGAUGGCUACAAAUUUAUUGGUACAGUGAUAUGUUUGAUUUUUUUAUAAUUUAGGUAAAUAUGACAUGUAAUACUAUAAACAUGUAAUUCUCGAUAUAUAUCAGCUUCCUGUAUUUUGAGUAGUUCAGUUUGUGUAAAGCUUGCUAGAGAAAAUGUAGUGUGGUAAGUUGAAUCAAAUGUACCUUCUUUUUUUAUUUUUAUUGUAACAGCUUUAUCAAUAAUGUUGUUAUUUGAUUGGCAACUUAUAUUGUACAAGGUACUGAAUUCAGUUUCGUACUUUCUUAUGAAUUCACUUUUUCUGGA